GUCCCCUCCAGAGGCAUCCAACGAUCAGCCGAUGGUUCUCGACAUAGACAUGAGCCACGAGCAGAUCGAUGGUCCUCUAGAGUAUGACCCCUGCGUUCCUGGACUGGAACCUGAUAGCACGUCUUCAUCACGCUCAACAGAAUCACUUGCAAAUGGUACAUUUGCUUUGGGGAUCCGCUCGCCCGUGCAAGCCCGCUCUCCCCAGUUUAUUGGGUCACCCCCGGUUGGCACCUCUGCGCUCGAGCCUCCCGCUGAGUCAGGCGAUCCUUUCAUACGCAACCUCGUUCCUUCUCCGACACCAUCUGAGCAUGGUAGCGUGAAGCCUCCUAGCAUUACACAAGAUGAUCACUCGCACCAUUCUGGAAGCCGUCCUCUACUGUCUCCACUAACUUCUGAAGGUUCCGCCGACUACUUCUCCGACGCCGACCGUUCAUCAAGUCCAUCAAGUCCUCUUUCUGACCAUUCUGUUGUCUUCGUAUCUGCGGAAUCUAUACCAGAGUACGUUAGAGAGAAUCGUGCAUAUCUCGUCGCAACAAGUGCCCCGUCCCGACCUUCCUCAGCAACCUCUAGUUGUGUCCACUUGCCCUCAGUGGUGACUUCGUUAGACGAUCGUGCUGAGGUGCCCCCUGCCGAUUCUCCUUCCACAAACGGCCCGUCCCCCCUUUACUGCAGGAUUUGCCUUCGAGAUCCUUGUGAUGAUUCAACUGCGACGAUGUGUGGCCAUAUCUUUUGCAACAGGUGUAUUAUCGAUGCUGUUAUGGCCAGGUCUGCGUGCCCGGUCUGCAACGCUCCCACAUUACUCUACUGUCUUUUCCGCCUUGAUAUCUAAGUACCGCUAUACCUCCCAAGCGUGACAUUUUUUGCCGCCUGUCUUGUUUUCGACAUAUGCAUACCAAUGACUCGACGCAAACCAACAAAUCAUAAUUAAUUAUCAUUGCUGUGUGCGCACGUGGG